AUGAAAAUAGAUAAUUAUAUUCGCUACGUUCAAUUGGGAAUUGGCACAUUUGAUAAAUCUCCAAGAUUUGAAACAGUUUAUCUAGGAAUAGAUACUGCAAGUGGCUUAAUUUGGACGCAAUGUGAAGGUUGUGUAAAAUGCUUUCAUCAAAUAGUUCCCUAUUAUCCAGCAAGUCAAUCUCAUAGUUAUAGUCCACUCCCUUGCUCUGAGUGUCCUCCUACCGGAGAAUGUGUGGACAAUACUUGUAGGUUGUCGCGGCGGUAUGGAGAUGGUAGCGUCGUCGUCGCCAUUGCGGCUCGUGAAACAUUUUACCUCGAGUCUGACCCUGAUCUUCUAGCCCUGGACCAAGCUAUUUUUGGUUGCGGUAUCGACAUGCAAGGCUUUAGUGAAGGUGAUGGUGAAAACAAUAAGGUUAGUGGAAUAUUUGGAAUGAGUUUAGGCGAAUUUGGCUUUAUAAAACAAGCAGAGACUCUGGUUAAAGGAAAAUUCUCAUAUUGCUUACAAAAGUUUCAAAAAGGCAUUGUGCCACCAAUGUACCUUCGGUUUGGAGACGAUGUUAAACCACCCGCAUCGACGCUUAGUACCGUCCCUAUGUUACAAAAUCCAAAACAACCGUCUUACUAUUACUUAGACCUCCGCGGCAUUAGGGUGGGUAACAAGGACCUUGAACUUCCUAGUGGCGUGUUUGACAUUAAGGAAGACGGAAAUGGAGGAUGCAUCAUCGACACAGGCACACCUCAUAGUCGUCUAACCACGGAGGCCUACCGCGUCUUCAAAGACGAGGUAGCAGCACAUAUUGAAGCUAGUAACGCAAAUGUGGUAAGAUUUGAUGAUCCUAGAAUUCGUACCGUAGGGUACGACCUUUGUUAUAGGCGUGUACGUGGUCCGCCAACCGUACUACUUCCUUGGGUUACAUGGUUGUUUGCGAAUAAUGCAAAAUUCUUAAUGAAUCCUGAUGUAGUAUUUACUUUUUAUGACGACGAAAGUGGUUUUGGCUUACAUUGCUUGACUAUUGGUGAAAGUACACAAGAUGAUGGUGGUUUAAGCAUAUUAGGAUCUGACCACCAAGUAGAUCACCGUAUAAUAUAUGAUAUUCCAAAUAAACAACUACAAUUUGGAAACGAGGAUUGCUCCAAAGGUCGUUGA